AUGUCGGCGGCCAUCGAGCAGCGCAAUCAGGACGCGACCGUGUACGUGGCCAACUUGGAUGACCGCGUGAGCGAGGAGCUCUUGUGGGAGCUCAUGCUACAGGCCGGCAGUGUCUGCAACGUGCACAUGCCGCGCGACAAGAUCACGGGCAGCCACCAGAACUAUGGCUUUGUUGAGUUCCGCACGGAAGAGUGCGCCGAGUACGCGGUCAAGGUGCUAAACAUGAUCCAAUUGUAUGGGAAAGUCAUUCGCGUGAAAAAAGCGUCGAAUGAGAAAAAGGUGCUGGACGUGGGUGCGAAUCUAUUUUUGGGUAAUUUAGACCCCGAAGUGGACGAGAAGUUACUUUAUGAUACCUUUUCCGCUUUCGGCGGGAUCAUCGAAACCCCCAAAGUGAUGCGGGAUCCGGAUACGCGAACCUCGCGAGGGUUCGGGUUCGUGAGCUUUGAUUCGUUCGAGGCGGCGGACUUGGCCAUCGAGUGUAUGCACGGACAGUACUUGUGCAAUCGCCAAGUGGUGGUGCAAUAUGCCUAUAAAAAGGAUAGUCAGAACGAGCGGCACGGCUCGGAGGCCGAGCGGUUGCUGGCGCAGAAGAACCCGAACAAGCUCAAACCCCAUACGCUGUUUGCCUUUACGGCUGCUCAUGGUGGCGGCCCGGGGAUGCAACCGCCUCCUCCGCCUCAGUUUGGUCAAGGCGGAGGCUACAUGAUGGACAUGAACAUGAAUAUGGUGGUGCCCAUGGUGGUGCCGCCACCGCCACCCCCGGUGCCACAGCAUGUAGGAAUGGGGAUGCCGUACCCACCACACGCUGUUCCGGGGAUGGUCGUUCCUCCUCCGCCACCACCACCGCAGACGAGAUGA